CGGCGCGCGAGGGGCCGGGCUGCCAUGGCGGCGGGGCCGGCCUGAGGGGCACGGGGCAGGGCGAGGGACUCGGCAGCCAUGGCGGCGGGCAGCGCUAUCCAGAUCCCCACCCGGCUGCCGCUGCUGCUCACUCACGAGAGCGUGCUGCUGCCCGGCUCCACCAUGCGCACCAGCGUGGACUCGCCGCGCAACAUGCAGCUCGUGCGCAGCCGGCUGCUGAAGGGCACCUCGCUGCGGAGCACCAUCAUCGGUGUCAUCCCCAACACCAGCGACCCCACCUCCGACUGCGAUGACCUGCCCAACCUGCACAGGAUUGGUACUGCUGCCUUGGCAGUCCAGGUGGUUGGUAGCAACUGGCCCAAGCCCCAUUACACGCUGCUGGUGACAGGCCUCUGCCGAUUCCAGAUCCUGCAGCUGCUGAAGGAGAAGCCCUAUCCCGUUGCUGAAGUACAGCAGUUAGAUCGACUUGAGCAGUUCACCAAUGGCCAUAAAUCUGAGGAGGAGCUCGGAGAGCUGUCAGAACAAUUCUACAAGUAUGCAGUACAGCUGGUUGAGAUGCUGGAUAUGUCAGUGCCGGCAGUGGCAAAGCUCCGGCGUCUCCUGGACAAUCUGCCCAGAGAAGCCCUGCCAGAUAUCCUGACCUCUAUCAUCCGAACAACCAACCAGGAGAAGCUGCAGAUUUUAGAUGCUGUUAGGCUGGAAGAACGGUUCAAGAUGACCAUACCAUUGCUUGUUAGACAGAUUGAAGGCCUGAAGCUGCUUCAGAAAACAAGAAAGUCCAAACAGGAUGAUGAUAAAAGGGUUGUAGCUAUUCGUCCUAAUAGAAGAAUCACUCAUGGAAGCAUUACAGAAGAUGAGGAGGAAGAAGAAGAUCAUGAUGAUGUUGUCAUGCUAGAAAAAAAGAUUAGAACAUCCAGUAUGUCAGAACAAGCUCUUAAAGUUUGUCUAAAAGAAAUAAAAAGAUUAAAGAAGAUGCCUCAGUCAAUGCCAGAAUAUGCUUUGACAAGAAAUUACUUAGAACUGAUGGUAGAAUUGCCGUGGAACAAAAGUACAAAAGAUCGCCUGGAAAUCCGCGCAGCUCGGAUUGUUCUGGAUAAUGACCAUUAUGCCAUGGAGAAGUUGAAGAAGAGAGUUUUGGAGUACUUGGCUGUGCGACAGCUUAAAAACAACCUCAAGGGACCCAUUCUUUGUUUUGUGGGGCCCCCAGGAGUUGGAAAAACCAGUGUGGGAAGAUCAAUUGCAAAGACUUUGGGUCGAGAAUUCCACAGAAUUGCUUUAGGAGGAGUCUGUGAUCAGUCUGAUAUUCGAGGCCACAGGCGAACCUAUGUGGGCAGCAUGCCUGGCAGGAUCAUCAACGGGCUGAAGACUGUGGGGGUGAACAAUCCUGUUUUCCUCUUGGAUGAGGUGGAUAAACUGGCAAAGAGCUUGCAGGGAGAUCCUGCAGCAGCCUUGCUUGAGGUCUUGGAUCCAGAACAAAAUCACAGUUUCACUGAUCACUACCUAAACGUAGCCUUUGACCUGUCCCAAGUGCUUUUCAUAGCUACAGCCAACACUACAGCUACAAUCCCACCUGCCCUGCUGGACAGAAUGGAGGUUAUCCAGGUGCCAGGAUACACACAAGAAGAAAAAAUUGAAAUUGCACAUAGACACUUGAUUCCUAAACAGCUUGAACUACAUGGUCUGACUCCACAGCAAAUACAGAUUCCCCAAGUAACCACUUUGGGCAUAAUUACCAGGUACACAAGGGAGGCAGGAGUGCGGGCCCUGGAUCGGAAGCUGGGAGCCAUUUGCAGAGCAGUGGCUGUGAAAGUGGCAGAAGGGCAGCACAAAGAAGCAAAGCCAGACCGUGCUGAGGUGGGGGAAGGAGAAGAUUGCAAAGAACACGUUGCAGAAGAUGCCAAGGCAGAAUCCAUCAGUGACACAGCUGACCUGGCUCUGCCACCUGAAAUGCCAAUUUUAAUUGAUUUCCAUGCUCUGAAAGAUAUCCUGGGGCCCCCCAUGUAUGACAUGGAGGUGUCUGAGCGCCUCAACCAGCCUGGGGUGGCCAUAGGGCUGGCCUGGACUCCGCUGGGAGGGGAGAUCAUGUUCGUGGAGGCGAGCCGCAUGGACGGGGAGGGCCAGCUCACGCUGACGGGACAGCUGGGGGACGUCAUGAAGGAGUCGGCUCACCUGGCCAUCAGCUGGCUGCGCAGCAACGCCAAGAGAUACCAGCUCACCAACGCUUCUGGAAGUUUUGAUCUCCUUGACAACACUGACAUCCAUCUGCACUUCCCAGCUGGAGCUGUCACAAAAGAUGGACCAUCUGCUGGUGUUACCAUAGUAACCUGCCUUGCUUCACUCUUCAGUGGGCGGCUGGUGUGCUCAGAUGUAGCCAUGACAGGAGAAAUUACACUAAGAGGCCUUGUUCUUCCAGUCGGGGGGAUUAAAGACAAAGUGCUGGCAGCACACCGAGCUGGCCUGAAGAGAAUCAUCAUUCCUCAAAGAAACGAGAAGGACCUGGAGGAGAUUGCAGCGCACGUGCGGCAGGAGCUGACCUUCGUGCUGGCCGGGUGCCUGGACGAGGUGCUGAACGCAGCCUUCGACGGCGGCUUUGCAGUCAAGGCCAGGCUUGAGCACUUGAAUAGCAAACUUUAGGCAGGCAGGCUGAGCUUACUCCUCUCUCCAAUUCCAUAGUUCUUGAUCUCUUUCAGCUACAUUUAGGUAUCAGGUACAACUAUGAGCUAAACGGGAUUGUUUGAAUGGGUGUGUCAGUGCCAUCAAAAGGAAGAUGCUGCUGCUGCAGUUACCAACCUGGAACUGCACUUUACAGGCAUUUGCUGCUUUUUAUCAGCAAAGAAUCUUGAAUCUCAUUUCAUGAGCUUGAGAAGUAAUUCCUUAGCCUGUCUGGCACCUAUGUAUGUUCACAGCAGCAGCUGGUUACAUCUUUAUAGAGAGAAUAGUGUGCAGCAGGAGAGGCUCAUAGGUGGGGUUGUUAAAAAAGCAAACUGAUUUAGUGCAAGUUUACUUACAAAAUAUCUGUAAUAAUAAUGAAUAAUAAUGUGCUAAGGAGCAGCAGUAUUGGGGGGAAAAUAAGGUUUUUGAAAUUUAAAAAAAUACGCUUAAGGCAUCUGAAGAGAAGCACUAUGGCCUAAUAAACGCAGUUGGGAAGUUCUUUCAGCACUUGGUUCUAGUUUGUAGCAAGGCCACUGCAGAGACCAUUUUUCAAACACAGGAAGCAAUGCCAGAACUGAAACAUAGGAAUUGUAGUGUAGGAAGGGAGAGAACACAUCCGUUCCCAUCUGCCCAGCUGUCCCUGCAGCAGCAGGGGAGUGGAGUGUGCUUGAGGCCUUAAUGAAAAAACCCAGUAGUGUUUGGAGGGACAGAGUUCAUGUCCUUCAUUCCCACCCACUGCACGCCCACCUGGCUCUGGGAAUGCCUAUGCUUGGAGGUUCACCUGUGAAAAUUAAAUUCGUUUGAACAAUGCCAAGAAAAUUCUGAAUCAUUAUUCACUGUGAAUAAUAUAAGGUUUAAAGAAGUCUGGCAGCUUCCCAGUCCUUUGUCUCUCAUCUCCCCUUGAACCUCGGUGAGAACUGCACUUCAGUGUGAUCCUGGCUUUUGGCAUUGUUUAUUUCAGGGUCAGCCCCACGAGCAAAUCCUGGAUGUUGUUACAUCCUUCUCUUUUUCGCUAGUUCUGAAACCCCAAAGUGCUUAUAAAACACAAAGUGUACUCGUGACAAUUGCCUGUUCUAGAACUGCCUAAAAAGUAAGAGUUUGCUUUGCUUUCGUUUUCAUAGAUAACAAAACUGAUUUACCUGAAACAUAACAGCACUGAUAGUAAUCAAUUCAGUGGGAAUUUCAACACCUAUUUUACAAAAGAUUUUACAACUUUGACAAAAGACUUAAUCUAAUAAAAUGAUAAAAAUUAAA